GGGUGGCGAGCCCAUAAUUAGGCCUGUGAAAGUAGAAGCAGCAGGUGAGUCUGCUCUCAGAAGAAAGCAUCUCUCUGGGUUCAACACCUCAUCGCAGCCUGUGGCCCCUGCUGACCUCUCCAAUUGGCCCCAACGGACCAGUAGGACAGCGACACGCUCAAAACUCUUGUGAGUGAGCGACAGAUUCCAGCUAGAGGCCGUGCCCAUCCAGUGGGCUGCCUUGACAGGGGGUGAGCACCCCAUCACUGGGCGAAUCCAAGCAGCGCUCCCAUGGAGGAAAGUUUAUACUCAGAAUUCUCAAAAUUUCCCAGAAGGCGGCGGUGCUGCAGGAGGGGGAUGCAGCUGGCACUGGUGGGGCUGAUGAUUGCAGCUCUGUGGGCUGGGCUGCUGACUCUGCUUCUCCUAUGGCAUUGGGACACUGUACGCAAUCUGAAACAGCUGGAAGAGGCCGCUGCCCUGAACGUUUCUCAGGUGUCCAAGGACUUGGAAAGACACAAGGGUGAUCAGAUGGCCCAGAAAUCCCAGGCUGCCCAGAUGUUGCAGGACAUGGCAAGAAUCCAAGCUGAACAGAAGAGAAUGGAAUCUCAAGAGUCCGAGCUUUUCCGGAACCUGGAUGGUCUUCGAGCAGACCUGAGCAACUUGAAGUCCCACAGCUUGAAUGAGAGGCACAGGGCCUUGGAUUCACUGGAAAGACUCCAGGAGGAGGUGGAGAAGCUGUGGCUGGAGCUACACGAGUCCAACGGCUCUGGGAUGGAUCUGCUUUCAGCCCAGACCCUGGAAGAGAGGCUGAAACCCACCUUGCCCAUUGUACCCAUGGCACCCACCACGGUGCCCACCACGGUCCCUACCACGACGUCCACCAUGGUGCCCACCACGGUCCCCACCACGAUGUCCACCACGGUCCCCACCACGAUGUCCACCACGGUGCCCACCACGAUGUCCACCACGGUGCCCACCACAGCUGACCCCCUCAGCCUCUCCUCCACCCCAGGCUCCGUGUGCAACACAUGCCCUGAGGAGUGGGUCCAUUUCCAAAGGAAAUGCUACUACUUUGGUGAGACGGCCAAGAAAUGGAUCCAAGCCAAGUACGCCUGCAGCAGUCUGCAAGGGCGGCUGGUCAGCAUCCACGGCCAGGAGGAGCAGGACUUCCUGACCAAACAUGCUCACAUAAGGGGCUCCUGGAUUGGUCUUCGGGACCUGGACAUCGAGGGGGAGUUCAUCUGGAUGGACGAGAAGCCCCUGGACUAUAGCAACUGGCAGCCCGGGGAGCCCAACGACGCGGGCCAGGGAGAGCACUGCGUGAUGAUGCAGGCCUCGGGGCAGUGGAACGACGCCUUCUGCGGCAGUUAUCUAGACUGGGUGUGUGAACGGCUGGCCACUUGCUGAGCAUCUGUUCAGCGCCUCGGCCCUGAUUCCCCUGGGAUGUUUUCCAUGGAUCCUGACAGGACUCUGCCCACCUAAAAGCUACACCCCUCUGCCACUCCCCAAGCUCAAAUAUGGGAAUAUCCGGACCCUAAGAACCCCCAGUUAUGGCCUGGAUGCCUCUUUUGUGGCCAAAGUGUCCCCAUGAUGUCUUUUCCAGCCCAAAUGGUAGAAGCUGGCUGGUCCCCCAGGUCCCACCAACAUCCCAGAGGGCCUGGCCCUCGCUCCUCAGCCCGAAUGGUCAUCACUUCCCUGUCCUCCGUUGCUUGGAGUUCCCACUUUGAGAACCCCCUGCCUGUGAGCUGGAGGCUACAAGCCCCCUCCCCUCAGGGGUGCAGCCCCUGGCAGCCCCACCCUCCAAGGAGCAGCUGAUAACCCCCUCAGACCCCAGCAUCCUUCCUAUGCCUCCACUCUCCAUCUCCUGAUGCAGCCCCUGUGUCCUGGCAUCAAAGGACAGAGAUCCCCGGCUCAGGCAGCUGGGCACACCCCCCCCACCAUCCUGACCUUCAUGAAUAUCACGGGGUAGCAACAGCCCCUCAAGCUGGCUGGCUCUGGUCCCCAGGCAUAGGAUGUGGGAGCCAGGAAUUUCAGAACCUGGUGCCUGAGGCCACCUCUGAGUCCUGGAACUGAAGUGGCAUUUCUAUCUCCCUGAGUUUGUUUUUUUUUGUUUUUUUUUUUUUUGUUUUUUUUACCCUACUUCAUUACCAGAAGCAUUUGCUAGGGCCUGGAGAUGAGGACUCUGGGAUCCGGGGAGGCCAAGAACACCCCUAGACCCCCAGGAAUACUGUAGGGCCAGGCAGUGGGACCACCCUGAAUCUAGGUCCCUGCCCAGAGCAAGGCCCAGUGCAUAGAAGGCUGGAGAGGCUGCUGGGGAGGUGGCCAGGUCACCUGGUGGUCAGUUCAGGUUCUGAGCUGCCAGCCCCACUCCCUCUCAGGCAGCACCAGCCCCAGCCCCAGGCUUGGCCAGGGUCAGCCCCCCACCCCUGGGAGGCUGUGGAUGGAGGCAGACCAGGAUCUCAGGAUACCCUGGUUAAAUGCCUUGCUGCUACCUCACCCCCAGUCCCUGGCCUAGAAAAGGAAGAGCCAGACAUCCCGUAAUACUUGGGCCCCCUUGAGAAAGAGGAGUCCAUGAGGAGGCACCCAAGCUGGACCACCUAGGACCUGGGAGUCAAGGAUCAGGCCAAACGCCAGCCAGGUGGGGGAGGGAGGGAGGAGGUCACCUUGGGGCUCAGAAUGGGCAGAGACAGAGAUGGUCCUUGGAGCAAAACUUGCUCUCUCCUCCCCACCCCACCCCCAAAUUUCUGUCUCCUCCAGACCCUCGGAACUCCAGGCCAGCCACAGCUGCCUACCUGAGCUCUCCUUGUGGGAACUCACACUCCAGCCUUGCCCAGCCUUGUCUGGGCCACCCUUGCCACUCUUCCUCUCACCACUUGCCUCCUCCAAACCCAUCAGAAAAGGCCAUGGGCUUGGGCAGUCAAGCCACAUUCAAAACCCAUGUACUUUCCACCCUCUCCUGCUACAGCCUUGGAGCAGCCCCCAUCCUCGAUUGCUCAAGUCUCCAUCUUCACUGCCCCCAACCCCCCAAAAGUUUCCUUCCAGCUCAAAGAAAAAGCCAAAAGUCCUACAGGUCCUUUGUGAUCAUGUGAACCCCUCACAUGUGCCAUACCUCCCCAAUUUCAACCACACUAGCCUCCGCACUGUCCUUUCAACAUGUAGGCUCACUCCUGCCACAGGGCCUUUGCACAUGCUGCCUCCCAUGUUAGCUCCUCGCCCCCAUUUAAAAUGACACCUCCUGACUCCCAAUCCCUUAUAUCCUGGCUGUACUUCUUCACUGCAGCAUCUUGUCCUUUCAAUAGAAUGUCUAUUUCAGGAGGGCAAGGGCCUUUGUUUUGUUCUCAGCUGUGUCCCCAGAGCCUGGCACAUAAUAGGCGCUCAAUAAAUAUCUGUCAAAUUAA